AACAGAAGUCCUUCUACAAUUUAUCUGUCCACUUAUAAUCACUGAGACAUAGAGGGUAUUACCAGUUCAAACAGUUGAGAUCUACAUAGAUGAAGUGUUAGGUUUUCCAAGGCCAGAAUGGUGAGUUCUUUGACUCAGGGGUCUCUUGAAAAUGACAUCAAUCAAGAUUUUCAAGAUGCCAUUGAUGUAAUUCAGCGUCAUUCUCAGACACGGCACUAUGACACGGAAAAUAAAUCCUAUGAGAAUUUGGAAAGUCAACAGUCUUCUGUGAGACAUGCCAUCUCUUACUAUCAGUUCACACCUCAUUUUGAGCCUCCAGGAUCAAUGUAUGACUGGAAUGAAUCCUCACCAUGGUCUCACAUUGUGCCAGAUGUGUCUCUGGGGCCACUGUGUUCUGCUGAGCCUCCGGUAUUUUACUCAAAUUUACCACAGCGCCACGGAAAAGGUCGUAAGAAGUUACGGUUAUACGAAUAUCUGCACGAGGCUCUUCACGACGACAACAUGGGUGACUCCAUUCAGUGGACGGACCGAGGUAGCGGCAUCUUCCAUUUCAUCUCGAAAAAUAAAGAGAAACUGGCCGAGUGCUGGGGUCAGCGAAAGGGCAACCGCAAGACCAUGACCUACCAGAAAAUGGCACGCGCUCUCCGCAACUAUAGCCGCACGGGCGAGAUUGUGAAGGUGCGUCGCAAGCUCACCUAUCAGUUUAAUCCAGCUAUACUGCAGCGACUGAGCUCACUGUCAGGCUACAGCUCGGGCCCUUCGUCCAGAGACAUGGCCCUUCAUCAGCAAGGCUCUGCUGAGCACGUGUACUACAGCUCUCCUCUCCCGGACUGUCAUUACUGGUACGGCCAAUACUCUUACCAGGGCGAGUAUGAUCUUGCUACUGUACUGACAGUGCAUGAGGAUCCCAAAAUAGGCGUUUCUGUAUAGUGAUUUUCAAAAGAGCUGAUUCCUAACAUUCCAUAAAUUAAAAAUUUUACUCUCUCUGUCUAUUUAAGAUUGGAGAUGCUUUG